AACCGUGUAGUUGACAGAUAGAAGCUCCCAACUCUUUCCAUCGUUAAUAUUUCCAAACAGUGCAGCCCAUAGAUGUUAUAUAAAUAAAUGAUGUCAGUGCGCUUGCUAGCCACUGACUUCUGCUCGUCUCUUCCCAAACACCUUGUUCUUUUCCCUUCGCGACUCUCUUCGUUUAAGCGUCAGAUCUCUACCUCUGUCAUGUCUUACAGACCAAACUACCGAGGUGGCCGCGGCGUUGGUGGUAGUGGCCGUCCAGGUGGUCGCGGCGGAGGAGGCCGUCGUGGUGGUGGUCCUGGAGGUCGCGGCGGUGGUGGCCAGCGGUGGUGGGACCCUGCUUGGCGAGCUGAGAGAUUGAGACAAAUGGCUGCCGAGGUGGAGCCUUUCGAUGAAAAUGAAUGGUGGGUUAAGAUGGAGCAGAUGAAAAGAGGUGGAGAACAGGAAAUAGUAAUUAAACGUAAUUUUAGUCGCUCAGACCAGCAAACCCUAUCUCACAUGGCUCGUCAACUGGAGCUUUACUUCCAUGCAUAUAACAAAGGGAAGACUCUUGUGGUCAGCAAAGUUCCAUUACCAGAUUACCGGGCUGAUCUUGAUGAUCUUCAUGGCUCUACACAGAAAGAAAUUCGAAUGUCUGCAGAAACUGAAACUCGAAUUGGAAAUCUUUUGAAUAGCUCACAGUCACAAGGAGUAUCUUCGAAUGAUGCUUCAGGGGCAUCUGGUCAGGGAGUUAAACAACUUUCUGCUGAUAAAAAUAUAACAAAACUUGUCACCACGUUGGAGAUUGAUUCUACCAAGGAGAAACUUAAUAUUGAACUUAAGGAGAAACAGGAAAAAAUGAAGACAAGUGAUAGUUUAAAGGCAAUGCGGUUGUUUCGAGAAAAACUUCCUGCGAACAAAAUGAAGCUUGAGUUUCUGAGAGCUGUUGCAGAAAAUCAGGUAGUAGUAGUUUCAGGAGAGACAGGUUGUGGCAAGACAACCCAGCUCCCUCAAUUUAUUCUAGAAGAGGAGAUAUCUAGUCUGCGUGGUGCCGAUUGUAACAUAAUAUGCACACAACCUCGCCGUAUAUCUGCUAUUUCUGUUGCAGCUCGUAUAUCCUCAGAAAGAGGAGAGAGUCUUGGUGAAACUGUUGGUUAUCAGAUCCGCUUGGAAUCAAAGCGCUCAGCUCAAACACGACUCCUGUUUUGUACCACUGGAGUAUUACUUCGUCAAUUGGUUGAGGACCCGAAAUUAAGUGGUGUAAGCCACUUGCUAGUUGAUGAAAUCCAUGAAAGAGGCAUGAAUGAGGACUUUUUAUUAAUAAUUAUCCGUGACCUUCUUCCACAUCGUCCAGAUUUACGCAUUAUUCUAAUGAGCGCUACCAUUAAUGCUGACUUGUUCUCUAAAUACUUUGGAAAUGCUCCAACUAUACAUAUACCGGGAUUGGCUUUUCCUGUAACAGAGUUUUUUCUAGAAGACGUUCUGGAGAAAACUUGGUAUAGUAUCAAGUCAGAGUUUGAAAACUUUAAUGGGAGUUCUGGAAGGAGAAGGAGACAACAAGAUUCUAAGAAGGAUCCUUUAACCUUAUCAUUUGAGGACAUUGAUAUUGAUUCUCACUACAGAACUUACAGCAUGGCUACAAGAAAGUCUCUUGAAGCUUGGUCUGGUUCACUGCUUGAUUUGGGUCUGGUAGAGUCAACAAUUGAAUAUAUCUGUCGCCAUGAAAGUGAUGGUGCAAUUCUUGUCUUCUUAACGGGUUGGGAUGACAUUUCUAAGCUACUUGACAAAUUUAAGGUAAACAGAUUUCUUGGAGACUCCAGCAAGUUCUUGGUUCUUCCCCUACAUGGAUCAAUGCCUACCAUUGACCAACGUGAAAUAUUUGAUCGUCCACCCCCCAACAAGAGAAAAAUUGUGCUGGCCACAAACAUUGCUGAGAGUAGUAUUACCAUAGAUGAUGUUGUCUACGUCAUAGACUGUGGAAAAGCAAAGGAAACUAGUUACGAUGCUCUCAACAAGCUGGCUUGUCUCCUACCAUCAUGGAUAUCAAAGGCUUCAGCACAUCAGAGACGAGGUCGUGCUGGCCGUGUGCAACCUGGGGUUUGUUAUAGGUUGUAUCCAAAGUUGAUCCACGACGGGAUGCUUCAGUAUCAAUUACCUGAAAUUCUUCGAACACCUCUGCAAGAGCUAUGCCUCCAUAUUAAAAGUUUGCAGCUUGGAAGUGUUGGAUCAUUUUUGGCCAAGGCACUUCAGCCCCCAGAUUCCGUUGCUGUUCAGAAUGCAAUUGAACUGCUCAAGACUAUUGGAGCUUUAGAUGAUAUGGAGGAGCUUACUCCACUUGGUCGCCACCUUUGCACUCUCCCAUUGGACCCAAACAUUGGGAAGAUGCUACUAAUGGGGUCUAUCUUUCAGUGCCUUAAUCCUGCGUUAACAAUUGCUGCUGCUCUUGCUCAUCGUGAUCCAUUUGUCCUACCUAUAAACCGGAAAGAGGAUGCUGAUGCUGCCAAAAGGUCCUUUGCCAGUGAUUCUUGCAGUGAUCACAUAGCACUUCUCAAAGCUUUUGAAGGAUGGAAGGAUGCAAAACGUAAUGGUCAGGAUAGAUCAUUCUGUUGGGAUAACUUCUUAUCGCCAGUAACUUUGCAGAUGAUGGACGAUAUGAGAAUGCAGUUUCUGGAUCUGUUAUCGGAUAUUGGCUUUGUAGACAAAUCUAUGGGUGCUAGUGCUUACAAUCAGUACAGCCAUGAUUUGGAGAUGGUAUGUGCAAUCCUUUGUGCUGGUCUCUACCCAAAUGUUGUGCAGUGCAAAAAAAGAGGAAAGCGGACGGCAUUUUUCACUAAAGAAGUAGGGAAGGUUGAUAUACAUCCUGCGUCUGUAAAUGCUGGGGUUCAUCUCUUCCCUCUGCCAUACAUGGUUUAUAGUGAAAAAGUGAAGACAACCAGCAUUUUCAUCCGAGACUCUACAAACAUAUCAGAUUAUGCUCUACUUUUGUUUGGUGGUAAUCUCAUACCUAGCAAAACUGGGGAGGGCAUAGAAAUGCUUGGAGGUUACCUUCAUUUCUCAGCCCCGAAGACAACUAUAGAGUUGAUACGGAAAUUGCGUGGGGAACUUGAUAGGCUUUUCAAGAAGAAGAUUGAGGAACCCAGACUGGACAUCUCUAAGGAAGGAAAGGGUGUCGUCGCUGCUGUUGUUGAGUUAUUGCACAGCCAACACGUGCAUUACUAAUUUCUUUUUCUUUUUUUUCUCUUCUUCCGGGAUUAGUAGUUUAGUUUUUUUUUUUUUUUUUCCGAUUUUCUCUUGUUCUUUUUAAAAAAAUAAACAAAUAUAUAAAGAUAAGGAAAUAGUAGAAAUUCUAUUAAGUACCCAUGCAAAAAAUUUCGGAGCUAAAACUUAUAUAUUACAUAAUAAACCCAUAUUUUAAUUUAUUUAAGAAUACAAAAGUUAUGAGAUCCAAUCUCUGAUUGUAAUAAACCCAAAUACUUGAAUUUGAUAAAAGAUAUAUGUUUUAUA